AUGUGCUUCUAUAAUCAGAAGAAGUAUGCCUGCGGCGACUGGUCGUGGAGCAGUUUUGCCGCCAAGUGCAAUCACGAGUAUCGAAUGGGCGAAACAUGCGGCAUGAAACUCGUCAACCACACCGAGUUUAUUCAAACUCAGUGCAAGUUGUGUGAGAAAAUCGCGACAAAGUACCGCAGACGAGACGGCGAGCUUGCACGGAUACGCCGCUGGCAUGACGAGGGCAGCGUCAUGAAGGCCUCCAUUGAACGGUCACAGUCCGCCGUCAAAGACUUGGAACAGGAGAUCAAGCAGCUCGAAUACGAACGACAGAUGAAACAGAGAACCCUGGGGAAAUAA